AUGGGUAUGUAUCUAGCCAGCUCUACCACUUUAGAUAGCUCGACAAACCAAGUUCUGCAAUUUAAUUUGUCUAUAAACGCUUUAUCGACUUUAAAUUCGGACCAACUCGCUGUGGAAAGUGCCCAAUUUCAAGCUCAAGUGCUUAAAAGUGUACCUGAUCUUGUCCCUCCAGAAGUCAAAUGCACAAAAAUUCAACAUUGUGACAAAAAGGGUGUAUGUGCUAUUGUCUGUCAACACGGUAGUGUUCAGGUGGACCAGUGGCUGCAGAAGGCGCUAAGAUUACAACGCAAACUUGCAUACCGUCGAAAUUUAUGCUCUGCAUCAUUGCUGGGUACACACAAUUCGGCGAUUAGUAUGGCUGAUGGAUACGGUGUGGAAGAUCAUGUGUUCGAAGGGUACUUGCACUAUUUCUCGUGGUUUAAAAAGGGAAUGACAGUGCACACUAAUGAUCAGUUUUUCUCCCUAACGGAUCAACUGCAAAUGGGUGUGCGAUUUAUUGAGCUUGAUGUGCAUUGGUUCGAUGGGGAUCUUCAUAUAGCUCAUUGUGGAGGAUUUAAGUCCAAGUUGCUGGAUAGUAUGAUUGAAGUCUUUAACGACGUUGCAAAACUACUGGGCACUGGAAUCGAGUGGGACUCAGGAACAAUCGGCUGUAAGCCAAGUUUAAGCAGCAUUCCGACAAAGGAGCAAAGACCGCUAAAAGAAGCGUUAAGUGAAUUGUCGACGUGGCUUCAUGCCCCAGAGCAUCAAGAUGAGUUCCUGAUGGUCUUCUUUGAUGACGAAACAGAUCUCAUGAGGUGGAAAAAGGUUGGAAAACUACUUGAUUAUUUAAAACAGUUUUUUCUUGAAAAUGAAAUUCUUCGACCAAUUGAUUUAGUGUAUCAGUCAAAAUGGCCAACUAUUGAAGAGCUUCUUCUUGUCGGUAAGCGUGUUAUGUUUAUGAGUGGCGUCGACUACUUGAAUAUCGGAGAAGAGAUUCUUUUUGUAAAGGAUAGUAUAUGCAAUUGGCAAGAACCGAUUCUACCAAUCUCCCCGUUUCCAGAUUGUCGCUUUCACGGAUCAGAAUCAAAUUUCGGCAUUUUCGACGAAAAUUUUACAAUCCUUCGUCCAGAAACAAGCGAAAUUGAGUAUGGUUUUCUCAAUGCAGCCGGUGAGAUUGGCAUCAACCAAAACUUGCUUGAUGAGAGUACACUUCCAGGCGUGGUGGAUUGUGGCGUGAAUUUGCCUUCUCCAGACAAUCUCACUCCAAAUCGCAUCAAAGCUACCAUUUGGGUUGUUUCGGACGGAAAAGAGCUGCAUCCAUCGGAGUGUGUAGCACUUUUGCGAAAUGCAAAGACUUGGCAAAGCGUGGAUUGCAACACUGCCAAUCUCGUGCCGGCGUGUGUCAAUAUUAGCAACCCGCGCAACUGGCAGCUUGGAAGUAUGUCGGUUCUUGAAGCUGAAGCUGUUGCCGCUUGUGCAGCUCUGCAUCUUGAGAUGGAGUAUUCUGCCCCAGCAUCCGGCUUUGAGAAUGAGCUUUUAUACAAGCAGCUUAUGGAGCACGAUGUCACCUUUGCUGCUGGGGUAUGGUUGAACGCUAAAACAUUUGUAUCUGAAGUUUAUUCGACCGAACAAAAUGAAAAUCUCCCUUCAGUCCACCAUACGGCCCCAUUAUCCUAUGUCGACGACACAAUCGCUGUGGAAUAG